AUGAUGCUGAUGAUUGAUGACGACGACGACGACGACGACGAUGAUGAUGAUGAUGAUGAUGAUGAUGAUGAUGAUGAUGAUGAUGAUGAUGAUGAUGAUGAUGAUGAUGAUGAUGAUGAUGAUGAUGAUGAUGAUGACGACGGGGCCGCUGGUAAUAAGGGGAACACUGUGGCAAUGACGGCGGCAGUUAUGUUGAGACUAUUAGAAAUUAAUGCAUGGAAUUUGCUCCACCGCCUACGCCCUAAAUGAACGCGCUUCAUAGUAAAGUAUGACCCCUUGUUUCUUCGCUUUGAAAAAUCAUGAAAAGGUCAACCUCGUUCAGGUACGGAGCUACCCCUACCCACAGCUCUUAUAUUUAAGCAUGCAACUGUACGAGGCGCAGCCAGUAAUAAGAAUUGGCAUCUUGAAACCUUCUUUCGAAUUUACUCUGAUUUUGAUCUGUGAAGCAUGACAGCUGCGAGACGGACUGCUGGUAGUGUCGUGUCGAAUUCACAUCGAGUUCGGAAUUGGCUGCCCGUUCGGGUCCGUUUCGAAUUGGAUUAACCAAUCCCAGCACGUGAAUUUGCUCUACAGGUCAGGAUUCUUGGUCCUACCUAAAAUUAAUCAUGCACCAACAUCGAAGGGGUACGAUAGUCGAAUUACAAGUAGAAUUUUAUUGCUCUCGGGGAUCCAAAAGUUGCCCAAACAUAUCUAAAGCCGGUGUUUAUGUUACCCCUAGUCAUUUGUGAUAAACCCAAAUCAAGCAGACUACAGAGGGCGCCCGGCCUCAUGAGCUUCGGCGAGCGAAACGACUGCAUAGCUCGUUUUGCGUUUGUACUCAGAAACUAACCGAUGCAAUGGUGCGGACGGCGAUGAACACUGAUGGAUGAAACGGUUCCCGAACUGGUUGUAAUUUCGACUUCUUAGUCAAGCAAUCCGUCUACGCAGCAGCGUUGACAUGCGAUGAAAUACGGAAUGCGUUGAGCUGGAGAAAUCGCAACCAAUGACCGCCGCCAAUACCGCCCCCACAGUCUCUCUAGCUACGAUUUACUGCGCCCUGUAGUGAGUUACAUUAUGAUGGUCUUGUUGGCCCGACAUGCCCGCAAUAUGUGGCAGAUGGAGGCUUGAGGUGGCUCCAGGGACACCCCCAUCCCUCAAUGCUAUCCCAUGGAUGACUACAAAUAAGUUAAAUGUCAAAUUCGGCCAUAGCACCUCUCAGUAACUAUUCUUGAGUUCUAAAUCUUAUAAGAGAACUUUAACAGCCGCUGCUAAGCCCUAUAUAGUGAUAAAAACCUAAAGAUGAAAUUCUGGCGCCAGUUGAGCAAAAAACAGCCAACGAACGGUAGGUAACCAGAACACCAACCAAAACUAUUGGUUAAUAAGUGACCGCAUCAGCUGGGACCAGGUGUACACAAAGAGCAAAGCAAAUCAAUAACAGAACCACCCGACAGCAAAAAACAGAAACAUGUAAACGGAACCGCGGGGGGUAUACCGCCAACUGUCGUUGUAUCGCCUGCAGAACUACUCAUCCCGCAUCGUUAGAAGGGCAGCGCCCUUUUCUAUCCAAUAGGCUGAGUCCCUGCUUUGUGGCAGGGCAAUGUCGACGACAAAAUUAGUGGAGUGGCCUAGAGAAGAUGGACACAUGUCAAAGGUUUCAGCAACACACCUCGGUGACAGCAUCACAGUUCAGCUGCAGCAUAAUGACCUAGACGUCUUUCGCAGGAUCCGUGAGGUGGAAAUUUCAGCGCAUCAGAAGAAAAGACUGAACUGCAUACAAAAUCUACUCCACAAAUGCUAGUUUCGGCGUCAAUUUUUUCCAGAUUGUCAGUAGAUUCUGGCGGACUUAUCAGGCUCUAAUGCAUCGGUUAGCCGACCGUGCAGAUCAGUACCCUGAUUCUGCAUAUACGAGUCGAUCAAUCAUCGUGUUACAGGCGGCCUUGCCUGGAUUUCAGAGGGGAUAGGAUCGGUGUCAGGGUUAGGUUUAGAAGGGUUAUGAUUAGGGCUAAAGUAGUAAGGGCUGAGGUUAGGAUUAGAGACAUGGGGAUUGGUGACAGGUCAUAAGGUCACCUGUUGUCCCGUGUCUAACCGUAUAGUUAUGUGAAUAAUAAAAAAGACACCCAAGAUAUCUUAAAACAAUGUAGACAGUUUUGUGUAAAGAAAAAAGCCACAUGCUGUCGACUAAGACAUGCUCCACACACUGGACGAUUGGCCUAAAAUAUAACCACUCCCCUUCUCCCUUCGUCCAGUGAACGCGGCAAUUCCCACCACUACUGUGAGAACGGUACCAACAGAACAACCUCCCGCUACUGUCAUCCCAUAUUAACGCGAACACUCAUAAACUGUGCAUUUCCUACGAAAGCCUGUAUCGUUUGAGCAUUAGUCAAAUCGACCUUUUUAUCAGAUAUUGAGUAUUACCAAUAAUAAUGAAUCUCCAUUAAGUUGCCGUAUAAAUUAACCACGGCUUUAUGGCGUUCACUGUCACUAAACAAAUAGACUAGGUGAGCAUACUCUAACACGUAUCAUUUUGCGGGGCAGAUGGCCAAAUAUCGGCCAAACCAUUGCAGUCCCAGACAAAUGAACAUGGUCAGUAUACCGUCGAGAGUGCCAUCUCCGAGGUCGAUAACCAACUGCGGACAUCUGCCCAAUAG